AUGGCUGGAAAGUUAAUUAUUCUUCUAACAACACUAUCAUUAGCAUUAAGUUUACCAAUUGAAUAUCAAGAUUAUAAUCAUAAUCAACAAAUAAAUAGUGGCCUGGAUGAUCAUUUAGUUGAACAUGAUCAUUCAAUUAUACCAGUAGAAUAUCAAUUUCAAUAUGGUGUACAAGAUCAUCAUACUGGUGAUGUUAAAGAACAUCAAGAAAGUCGUAAAGGUGAUCAUGUUGAAGGAAAAUAUGAAUUAGUUGAACCAGAUGGUCAUAAACGUAUUGUACAAUAUACAUCAGAUAAACAUGCCGGUUUUAAUGCUAUCGUACAUCGUGAACCAACAAAUAUUAAAGUACCAAUACCAAUUCAACCAAAUCAAUUACAACAUCAUAAUCAACAAAAUCAACACCAUCAACAGCAACAACAUCAAUAUCAACAGCAACAUAUUCCAAUACAUCAACAAAUUUAUACAGAACCAUCAACAGCUUAUAUUCAACAACAUGAUUUAAAUUUACAUAAUUCUGGAUUACAAAAAUAUUCUCAAAUUACUGGUAAUCCUAUUGUUGUUCAAACAACAAAAUCAUUAGAAUCAUCACCUUCAUCUUCAGUAUUUCAACAAAAUCAACAUCAUGAUUUAACAAAUUCAAAUAGUCAUAGUCAUGUUAGUUUUCAAGAUUCUCAUAUCCAGUACCGUUAUUAA